AUGCCUGACCGAUCCAAGACCCUUUCCAAUGAAAAGUCUUCUCGUGAGGAUGCUGUCACCAAAAACUCCGAUAUUGAUGUAGUUCGCCAACUGGGAAAUUUACACAUCUCAAAAACCACUAAGCUACCAAAACCACCAAAUUUGCCUUUCAAAACCGCAAAAAAUUCGAGGAUUCUCAUGGAGUUCCAUGAAGAUGUCUGUAAAUUGGUAUGGACUCAUCUUGCUCAUAUUCGUAAGCCAUCAAUAGCUCACGUUGAAAUAGAAAUGAAAUUCGGUAUAAUCACAGAUAAAAAAACUCGUCGCAGGAUAAUACAUUCUAAUAAACCCUCCGUUGUUCAGAACUGUAGAGGUCGCUUGGUAUCCGAUGUUUCCUCGGAAAUGUUUCUAAAAUUUCAAGAUUUCUUGCCUUUAAAUCCAAAUAGUAUGGAUACCACUGCUUUAAACACCGUUCAACAGACACACACGUAUACAAAAGACUCGAUAUACAGCGUUAAUGAUCUUUCAAAAACUGAUAGACUAGCUUCAUGGCGUUGUUCGGAGGACCUGAAAAACAAAGGAUCUAAACGUACGUUUAUUAAGAAGACCCGUGUCAAGGAUUUUCUCAUUCAUUAUCCUCAUAGUUCAUUAGAUGCUAAAAUCAGUAUCAGUCUUGAAAUACCUCAAAUUGAGACUUUAGCCGUUUUCAGAAGUAAUUCUGUUCUACAAAGGUAUAAAGAUCGUUCUACCUACAGAUUUGGUAAUGAGAUACCCUUACACUUGGAUAUGACAAGAGUUAUCACGAAACGGAGCGGUUCUUCUCAUCAAUCCACGACUCACGAAGUGGAGAUAGAAAUGGAUCCUGUCUUUAAAGAGACAGUCUCUACCAAUGAUAAAGAGAGCUUUGACGAAUACAUGAAUUCGUUUUUACAUACAAGCGAUCUGAUACGUGAGCGGCUAAACGGGAAGGGACAUAAAAAACAUGAAAGAUGCUAA